UUGACGAAAAAUUCAUGUUUAGGGGUGUACAAGAAUAAUUACUGCUUCUAUACGUAUAUAUAUAUAUAGCCUAUAUAUAUGUAUAUAUAUAUAUAUAGCAAGACUGUCAAGGUAGAUGACGUUUAACACAACCGUCGUGUAGUGUCGUACUUAGAUGUACCUAACAUUCGCCGUACAGCCGGUUUAGUACGAAAGUUUUCAUUGGCCAGAACUUUGUACCAUCUUUGGACGAAUCUUGUCUUCUCACUGGUUGUAUUACCUCAGCUUUACAGUAGCCUUGGCUCCUAAAUUUUGAUUGAUGUAUUGUGACGCAAUCUUACUGUCUGAAUAUAGACAUAGUUGUUUGAUUUUCGUAAAAUGCAUAUAAAUUAUCUUAUUUUCUUUCAUUUUUCUUUUUAAAUUUAACUUUUAGUAGUGAUGACUGUACAAACUCGUUAGCUGUAAUAUACGCUAUAUAAGUGAAUGAAACUCGUGAUUUCUAUUGUUAGUAAGACUGCAAACAAGGAUUUAUGCUGGAAAAAAUGAAGUUUUUAAGAAAUUUAGUGUUGAUUCUAGUCAUUUUCGUUGUAAAGAAUGAAGCUGCAGAUCAUAGAAUACGUGCAUGCAGAUACGAUUUGUAUAAUAGAAUAGUGACAGCAUGCAAAGAGAAACUUGAAAAAUGGGGUUACAGUUCCUAUCGUCUAUAUAACUUUGCAAUCUUUCGUGGAGAAAUUGGAAGAAAAUUACACGAUAGAUGCUGUUGGACCAGAUGCUUUUAUGUAAAUUUAAAAGAAGAUGCCGUGUGUAAACUUCUCAUACCUUCUUCUUCAGUUAAAUAAUAAAAGUCACGAAUAAUUAAAAUUAAACUGUAAAUUAAUUUACAUAAUAAAAAUAUACCAAAC